AUGCAAAACCAAUAUUCUCCGAGCGCAAGCAUGAACGCAAAAGAGCUUGACACAGUUUCAACUCCACAUUGCCCACCCCCGCCUUCUUACAAUGACGUGAGCGGCGCCGUAUUCAUAGCCCAAGAUGGCAAACCUCAAUUUCUAUCACCAGAGGAAGAGGUGGAGCGACAACAUCGACUACAACAAGCGGUGCGCGAGAAGAUGUUAGGGUUACCACGAACGACAAAGUUCGAAUGGCACCAUGGGACAGCAGGAACAUCAACAUCACCAACAUCGGAAACCACAGAAGCUACAGGAACUGUGGAAGAAUUACAACUACCGCCGUAUACACCUCGAGAGAUGGAUCGGUUUUGA